GCCGGACCUGCCAGCGGGGUGGCUGUCUCCGCGCGUUGUUCCAGCUGCUGGAGCAGCCGAGGCCCCCAACCCUGGGCACCCCUCCCGGGCCUUCGACCCCCGGCCCUGCACAGCUAGUCGGGGUUCGCCCGGUACUCGCCGUCUUUCUAUUUCCGCGGCCCUCCCGAGUUCAGGAGGCAGGGCCAGAGCUGAGAGCAGCAGGAAAGGGGCAGCAGGAUGAAUGUGGGCACAGCGCACAGUGAGGUGAACCCCAACACGCGGGUGAUGAACAGCCGCGGCAUCUGGCUCUCCUAUGUGCUGGCCAUCGGCCUUCUUCAUGUAGUGCUGCUCAGCAUCCCCUUCGUGAGCGUCCCUGUCGUCUGGACCCUUACCAACCUCAUCCACAACAUGGGUAUGUACAUCUUCCUGCACACGGUGAAAGGGACACCCUUUGAGACCCCGGACCAGGGCAAGGCGAGGUUGUUAACUCACUGGGAGCAGAUGGACUACGGGGUCCAGUUCACUGCGUCUCGGAAAUUCUUGACCAUCACACCCAUCGUGCUGUACUUCCUCACCAGCUUCUAUACCAAGUACGACCAGAUCCAUUUCAUCCUCAACACCGUGUCCCUGAUGAGCGUGCUCAUCCCCAAGCUGCCCCAGCUCCAUGGAGUCCGGAUUUUUGGAAUCAAUAAGUACUGACAGUGCAGCCCCAUCCCCGCCCAGGAUGGCAAGGGAGGGUUGGAAGCCUGCGCUGUGAUGCUGAAGACGGAAGGACCCUCUGGAUACUGCCAGAGAUGGGGGUUGAGCCACAGGUCCUAGUGUCCCUCCUCACUUCCCCCAGUAGCCCACUGGAAGUAGCUUAUAGUGGGGUUGGGGUGCUCUGAUCCCUUCUGCCAGGGGGCUCUGAUCCCUUCUGAUUUUUUCGAUCUUUUCCUUUUGCCUUUGGGUGGAGACUGCAGGGGUGGUCAUGGAAUGGGCUGAGCUCCUGGGCUGAAUACAGACCUGUGAGGCUGGGACAGGAGGCCAGGGGAAUCCCUGUGCACUUGUUCAUCCUCAGACUGCUAAAGCACUUUAACCCCGGCAAGGGGAGCAGAGGGGACGGUACAGCUUCUAGAUUGUUUCACUUUAAUCCUUAAGUCUUUUACGUGACACUCAAUGUGUGCUUGUAUGGAUGAAACCAAGUGCGUGACGGUGCCUCAUCCCUCUGGGUAGAGAACUGGUCUACCCAAGAUUUACGCUUUUGGCAGUAUCCCUACAGCUCACCCUAGGUACUGGGUGGGAAUGGUAAGGAGGGGGCUGGUCCCAGAGGUGAGGGGGCCAGGGCCGCUGCCAUUCUGGCCCUGUUGUGGGGGUGGGGGUUGGGGUAGGAGCAGGGAUGGUGAAUUGAGACUUAGAAGAAGGAGGCCACAAAGCAGAGGGUGGUGUAAGGGUGGGAAGGUGGGGACAGAAGCUAGACCCAGUAUCUUCCUUUGAGAAGUGGUCAGGGAGGGAGCAGGCUUGGAGAGUUAAUUUAUGCACAGCAUAGUGAUGUAAUAGGAGGGGAGGCUGCUGUGGGUUUGAAGCUUCUAGGUUGGCAUGAGGGGGUGGAGAUGGGUGGAAGAGGCCCAUGAGUCAUCACAAGCACAGGUCCAGUUUGACAUUGCUUUCUGCAGUGGCGCAAGGGGCAUGGGGGAAACUGGGGCAGAAAUGAAUGGUGGAGUCCUUCCACAGCCCUUUACCUCUUAACCUCCUGGUGUAGGACCUCUCAUUUGGCAUGCGUAUGUGGGACUGUGAGGCCAUCCCCAAACAGGGUUGGUGGGCCGCAGAGUCCUGCAUGGUCUCUGCUUCAGCAGGGUAGUGGCAAGAGAAGUGACCUGCAGGCGCUGCCUCCUCAGUCUUAGGGGAAGAGAGGUGGGGCAGGACCUUAAGCAGGGCUGGAGAGGAGCUGCCCUCUCCCCUCCCUAAUCUGACUAGGGUCUGUGUCCCCUCUCAGGGCCCUGAGAGAGAAGGGAGCUCACUGGCCCUGUUUUCUGCCUCCUAGUCCUUCCAACUCCCACCCCAUGUAUCAUAGGGAACGUUCACCUCAAAAUCUUUCUAAGCAAAGUGUGAAUAGGAUUUUUACUCCCUUUGUACAGUAUUCUGAGAAAUGCAAAUAAAGGACAGUGUGUUCCUGUUU